GUUUGCUAAUUUGUAUAAAUACAAAAAAAUAGCAUUUUCAAUACUAAUUUGGUAUUAGAUUGAGACAAGCAUGAUAAUGGCUAACAAUGAAAUAGCCGGAUUUCUAAUUAGAGUUUUGUGACAGUAUAUGUAAAAGUAAAAAACUUGGAUUUGAAGAGGGGAAAAGGUUGCGGGGGAGUCCUUAGUUUUCCACAAAAUAUUGUGAAAUCAGCAUUGUGCAUUUAUUUAGAAAACAAAAACUCAAACAUAAAUUUUAUGGCAUUUGGCUUCGGUGCCAAAUGUCAUAAACUCAAUUCCUGGUACCAGCUGGUACCAGGGAAAACACCAGGACAGGAAUAUGUAAAACUCGAGGAUCAUUAGAAUCGCUCUGCACCAAGCAUCACUGAGUUAGAAAAAAUUGUUUUAUUAUUUCACAACACUCUGCUAGCAAUUGUAGCUACUUCUUAAGCAAUUUUCUGUAAAACAGUAAAAAUAUUAGUAGAAUUGUACAGCUGAGUAAAAAAAAAAAAAAGCAAAACAGACCAUCACUGUAAAAAAUAGAUGAUGUAGAGUGCUUUGUCUUGUCUCCCUCUGCCCCCAAAUUUAAAUCACCCCAUUACAUUAAAGUUAUACUGAAAACCUUUGAUUAAAAUGGCUGAAAAUAAUUCAGGUCAUAUGUUUUUGUUAGAAUCACCUUAUUGUGCGAUCAAUCAAAAUUACAAGUAGAGAUUUAUUUCAAAAUCAAUACUAAUUUUCUGUUUCUGUUUCAUAAGUCCACCGGCUCAUGCUUUAUCUCCUGAUCACCGCUUUUCUCAUCCAUGGAAGAAAACUAAACCUUUUGAAAAUAAACAUUGAACCCAGAUCUUUACUUUUCAAUAAAUACGAAUAAACACAAGUACCUGAGUGUUUUCUAGAUCGACCAGAACUCUUGUCACUAAUUAACAAGAAAACAAUGGAGAAAGGAAGCAAUCAGUGGCUUAUUUUUGUCUGUAACCGUCAUAUGCUUCAGCAGGAAGUGUAAAAAAUGUCUUUUUGUACUUCACACAGCUGCAGGCGCAAACAUUCACAACAUUUAUCUAAAAAUAAACCUCACUAAGCGUGGAGAACAGCAGAGAUAAGAGAAGAUAGGGGUAAAAAUCUGAAUUUUGAAUAUAAAUUGGUACAUUAACUAUCUGAUUCAGUUAAAGGGACAAUCAGCAGCUUCCUCAACAUUAUCUUUUCAUGCUCAAUUUUUAAAAUAUGACUUGGCUGCCCUGAAUGUCAGAAAGUCUUUAUUGCCAACCAGAAAGACGGUUUAUACUUUUAUAGUAAGAAAAGCAAGUUUUUGAUACAAUUCUAUGAGGAAACAACACAAUAUAAAUCUAUAACAUAACACAAAUGUAAAAUAAGUUUAUACGAUGCCAAUGAAAAAUGUACAUACACUCAUCAAUGGCAUGAAUUACUUUGGGGGUUUGUGCACAAUUAAUUGUAAUUGAUGUUUUUAUGGACAAAGUUUAUAAAUUUGAACUGCCAAGACUCAAACCAAUCAUAGAAAAGGAUAUUGCUGGAACUUCAGUGUUACUGUCCAAGUCUACAGAUGAGGAAAAAACAUAUCUAUUUGGUGUCAAGAAAUGUAUAUGAAAUCAAUCUGGAACUUUUAAAUUUAAGAAAUUGCAGGGAAUAAUGAAAGUUACCCUGAAACUUCAAUUAAGAGCAAGAUUGUUGAAACAUGGACAGAAUUGAGUGUCAUAGCAUGUACGGUAGAGGCAGAGUUUAUGUGCAGAAAGAUGCUUUUUUGGGAAGAUUUAAUAAAAAGAAAAUCUACAUGUCUUGCAUGAGGUUUAAUGGACAAGGAACACGGACAUGGCAUUAAAAUAGAAGAAUCCAGCACUGAAAAACAAAAUUCAGAAGCCUAAAUAUCGAGGAAAGGUUGUAAAGUGACGAGAGAACCAGAAAAACUAAUUAGAAGAAAUGUGGUACAGUUGUGGCAAUGAGAAAGUAGGGAAACUGAGACAGAGGAGAAUUAACACAGAGGGAGCUGAACUGAAUCUCACAGUAAUCUAAGAAAAAUAAAUUCAAAUGUACAAGAAACAGAACACAAGAAUAAAGAAACAAACCAAAGAUAAGGGAACAAACUAGUAAGGCAACACCUUGACAACGAUAAUAAGCACAGAGAACUGAACUGAAUAAAUGACCUAUGGAACAUAAAUAACCCUAAAGAAAAUGAUCAAACACAAACAAACACUCAAGGAAUGUGACACUAACAGGAUAACAAGCAAGCAUAAUUAUAAUAUGGAGUCGAUAAAGCAGUGGGCUUCUGAAGAGUCCUCAAACACAACCAUAAAACAUUAUGAACCAGGCCUGAAAACUGGAACCAUUCCAGGAACUACACUAAUUUUUAAGAUGUUUAUCAUUUCUGAUCAAAGGUGAUUAAAAAAACAACAUUUUCUUCAAAGAGAGAAAUUAAUGCACUACAAUAACAACACCUUAAAUAAUUUUGGGAAAGCCCAAAUUGUUAUGAUCUAUCGUAUUUUGUAAGUUUUAAUUGAUUACAUUUAAUUUACAUGGAAGCACAUUUUUAAAAAUAAAAAUUCCAAAUCAAGGUUAAAAUUGAGAAAAAACUCAGAAAAAGAAUCCUGACUUAGCCCUGCAGAACAUAUCCUACAGAAGCAGUGUUUGGGUCAAGCAUUGCACAAAGUGUCAGAAACAUCUGUUCCAUCCGUUUUGUGCUCCGAUGGACAGUAUGCCAAGAUAUCAAAGCACACAACUCCAAAAAUGAAUCACUGACACAUCUGUCAUACUUGAUAAAAGCGGGAACAAUAAUAAUCCUGUUGAAACGGCACAGAAAGAGAAAGAUUGGGUUGGAAUGCAGCUUUGUCCACUCAAUACACAUGCGCUACCGACACUGUGGCAAACAGAAAUCCAGCCUUUUCAGCCUCUGGCAGAGGUAUUUUAUGCUUCAGACAAACUGCUGCCACUUUGUCCUUUGAGGGGUGAAACACAUGGACGGCGUGUGUGUGUGUGUGUGAGGCUGUAAGACUGGCUCAUGACCAGGCUAAGGAGCGAAGUCAUCGCCCGCGGAACAGAUUUCACUGGGAUGUGACAAGUAUGAUCUUCGGGAAACAGAUGCAGUGGUUCAAACACACCCCAGCCACUGUGAACUUCCUGCUAUUUGCCAUCACAUCUUUAAAAGUUACAAAUAUAAACUAUUACGUUCUCCCGGUCAGCAGGAGGUAAUCGUUUACGAUCCACGCCCAUCACCUCAUGCCUGCACACCCUGCUCUAUAUAAAACCCGUAUGUACAUUUCUCUGUCAGCUCACUUAGCUUUUGGGCAUUUCCUUUAUUUUUGUUUAUCUUUAAAUCCACAAUCUACUCUCUGCCAUUUAGCAAGGCUUACUUUGUUAAGUGUAUCCAUUUGAGUGAGCAGAAAUGUCCUGUGGGGAGUAUGACAGGGUUGGCCCUCUAUACCCUCUGAGAAAAUGGGUUUCCAGUCAGGAUGUUGGCCUGCCGCCUUUCCUGGAGACUGGGGAUUCUCGUUGGAUCAAGAAGGGCUUGGCAGCCUGGUCCUGGCCGGGUUGCUUACCAGCGCCUCUGUUUGUGCCCUACAUCUCCGAGCCGAUGUCUCAUUCCGGUCAGAAGGUUAGCAAGUGGAGGGUCAGCAUGGAUGUGUCUCACUUUUUCCCCUCGGAGAUCUCCGUCAGUGUCAGGGAUGGAUUCCUGGAAGUUGGAGGGAAACACGAGGAGAGGCCUGACGAGCAAGGAUUUAUCUCCAGAUGUUUUACAAGAAAAUACAGGCUUCCAGCUGAAGUGAACGUUACCAAACUUGAGUCCUCACUCUCCGUUGAUGGUUUCCUGACUGUAGAAGCUCCACUUCCUGAAGCCUCAGCUCCUGCUGACAUCGUCAUCCCAAUAAAGGUGGAGGCUGAGGGCAAUGGAGAACCAGAAAUAAAACAAGAAGAUCAGCAGGAAGAGUCUCAAUUAGAGGCCUGCAGUGAUCAGGUCCAGCCCAGCAGCACCACAGCCGGCCUGGAGCAGGGAGACAAGGGAACCAGAGAAAAGCCAGCUGGACAGUCCCAUUCUUCACUGCCUGAGGAAGAUAAAUGCUUAGAGAGCAUCCAAAAGUCUUCUGAGCACCACAAAGUCCCAGAAAGCCAAGAAAGCAUGGGUACAUCCAACCUACUGGAACACAAAGAGCCAGUCGUGGAUGAAGAGAUCCAGGUGAAGGCAGAGGGAGCCGAGAAGCUCGCUCCGCCUGAGGAACAGGAGCUGGGAUCAGCUCCACUGAGUGACGUCCAAAGCCAGGAGCUGGAGGCUGCUAACAUAGAGCAACAGCACACCGACUAAACACAAGCAUUAGUCUGUAUUGUCUGCCUUGAACCAGCCCCACAGAUGCCUUUUUGUCAUUAGCUAUAGCGCCAUUAAAGCCUGCUGUGUUUGGAGCUCUAAUAAAGUAGCAUAAUGUGAAAGU